GAAAAACCAAGUCACAAAAACAGAGCUGCCUAGCCGAGAAAAACACACACACACUCUCCAAUGCCGGAUCUCCACCCCCACUCCCCUCACUCUCCCACUCUCCCCCGCAAAGCCACCGACUUAUUCGGCGACCCGAUCGAAUCCCACCCCAUCUGGUUCAAACAAUCCUCUUUUCUCGACCCGAAUUUCGACCCGGAAUCCUACAUCUCGGAUCUCCGCACCUUCGUCCCCUUCGAAACCCUCCGAUCCGAGCUCCGGGCCCACCUCUCCUCAUUGAAGCACGAAUUGAUCGAUCUCAUCAACCGCGAUUACGCCGAUUUCGUCAAUUUGAGCACCAAGCUCGUCGAUGUCGACGCGUCGGUGGUGCGGAUGCGCGCGCCGCUCAGCGAGCUGAGGGAGAAGAUUGUGGUGUUUAGGGCGGCGGUGGAGGAUUCGUUGGUGGCGUUGAAGAGUGGCUUGCAGCAGCGGGCGGAGGCGCAGGCGGCCAGGGAGGUGUUGGAGCUGUUGCUCGAUACGUUUCACGUUGUUUCGAAGGUUGAAAAAUUAAUUAAGGAGCUUCCUAGUUUGCCUGCUGAUUGGUCCAAUGGAGAUGUAAAUUCAGUAGAAAAGGGUCAUUUGAGCAACGGGAUACCUUUGCAACAUGCAGAAAGUGGAACGAAUCUCAGAGAAACUCAAAGUAUGCUGUUGGAAAGAAUUGCCAGUGAAAUGAAUAGGCUAAAGUUCUACAUGACUCAUGCACAGAACCUACCUUUUAUUCAGAACAUGGAGAGGAGGAUCCAGAGUGCUUGCUUGUUACUGGAUGCAAGUUUGGGUCACUGUUUUGUAGAUGGAUUGGAACACAGGGACGAUAAUGCAAUAUACAAUUGCUUGCGGGCAUAUGCUGCCAUUGAUAAUACUUCUAAUGCAGAAGAAAUAUUUCGCUCAACAAUCGUGGCGCCAGAGGUGAAAAGGAUUAUUGCCCAUAAUUUGUCAGGGCUGAGUGUCGAGACAUCUGGAGAUGAGCUUGAGGCGGAUUACACAAAGAUAAUUCAAUUUAUCGAGGAAAACUGUAAAUUUCUUUUGGAAAUUUCAUCCAGAGAAAAUUCAGGUCUCCAUGUAUUUAGCUUCCUCGCCAAUUCAAUCCUUAAAGAGGUUCUCAUGGAGAUCCAAAAAGUUAAACCAGGGGCCUUUUCUCCUGGAAGACCUGCAGAGUUCCUUAAAAAUUACAAAUCGAGUCUUGAAUUUUUGGCCAAAUUAGAAGGCUAUUGUCCAUCCAGAUAUGCUAUUACCAAAUUCCGAGCUGAGGCUGUCUUUGUUGAUUUUAUGAAGCAAUGGAAUAUUGGGGUGUAUUUCUCUUUGAGGUUUCAGGAAAUAGCUGGAACAUUGGAUUCUGCGCUGAUGUUGGGCAGUCUUGUACCAGUUCAUAACCCAAAUUCUGAGCAAAUGGAAUCUCCUGAGUUGACUUUAAAGCAAAGUGUUUCCCUUUUGGCUUGCCUGAGAACCUGUUGGAGUGAAGAUGUUCUUGUCAUCUCGUGCUCUGACAAGUUUCUUAAAUUAUCCUUGCAACUUGUAUCUAGAUACUCAAAUUGGCUGUCCACAGGACUUGCUGCUCGUAAAUUCCCCAACUCGGGUUCCAACCCUGGUUCUGAAUGGGCUGUAUCUGCUGCCCUUGAUGAUCUUGUUUAUGUAAUACAUGAUGUGAAUUGUUUGGCGGAGGAGGUUUGUGGGAAUUACCUUGACCAUGUACUAGAGCUUCUAAAAUCAUGCUCCCCUGAAGUACUUAACCUUGUAAAGCAGAGCAUAGUACACGGUGGGACUUCUCUAAAGGAUCUAGUACCUCAAGUGAUUAAUUCAAUAACCGAAACGGUGGUGGAAAAGUCUGUGGAUGUCCUAAAACAAUUGAAGGGGAUAACUGCAACGUACAGGAUGACUAAUAAGCCGGCUCCUGUAAGACAUUCUGUAUAUGUUUCGGGGAUCUUGCGUCCGUUGAAGGAUUUUCUGGAUGGUGAAAAAGCUACCACAUACCUAUCAGAUGAAACAAGGAAUGAACUCAUACAUCGUGCAACCUUUGAUAUUACUGGUCGAUAUCAUGGACAAGCUACUGAUCUUGUAAAUCUGGCAAGGAGAACAGAGUCUUCACUGCAAAAGAUACGUCUGGGUGCUCAACAAAGGCGUGGUGGAUUGGGCUCAGAGACCUUAGACAACACUAUUUCAGAAACUGACAAAGUUUGUAUGCAAUUACUUCUCGAUAUCCAGGAAUACGGGCGCAACCUCUCUGCGCUUGGGGUGGACGCGAGAAAGAUACCAGCCUAUUGUGAUUUAUGGAACUGUGUUGCCACUUCAGAGAGACAAAAUGCUAUCACUUUUUAACUUGACCAAUGAAGUGCUAGUCGGUACAGAACACAGAGGAACAGCGGCUUGGACAAACAAAAGUUGGUGUGGCGUAUAUCGGAGUCCAUUAAAUAUUAGUUAAAUAUUUUUUGUAGAUUUUGCUAAAAAGUACCCAAUGUCAUGGAGUUUUCUUCAGUUUUACUUGGUCUUUACAUUAGCGGAGUUGUAGAAAUAGAACAAUCCCUUCAUAUGUUCAUUGUUGAAGUAAAAUAUACGAAAUUUGUACUAAGAAACACUUGAGAAUUGCAAUAAUAGUAUAAAUGCACUUG